AUGAAGAACAUUAAGACAACACCAGCAACUCUAGGAAAGCAGAAACAGAACAUUAAGACAACACCAGCAACUCUAGGAAAGCAGAAACAGAACAUCAAGACAACACCAGCAACUCUAGGAAAGCAGAAACAGAACAUCAAGACAACACCAGCAACUCUAGGAAAGCAGAAACAGAACAUUAAGACAACACCAGCAACUCUAGGAAAGCAGAAACAGAACAUUAAGACAACACCAACAACUCUAGGAAAGCAGAAACAGAACAUCAAGACAACACCAGCAACUCUAGGAAAGCAGAAACAGAACAUCAAGACAACACCAGCAACUCUAGGAAAGCAGAAACAGAACAUCAAGACAACACCAGCAACUCUAGGAAAGCAGAAACAGAACAUCAAGACAACACCAGCAACUCUAGGAAAGCAGAAACAGAACAUUAAGACAACACCAGCAACUCUAGGAAAGCAGAAACAGAACAUCAAGACAACACCAGCAACUCUAGGAAAGCAGAAACAGAACAUCAAGACAACACCAGCAACUCUAGGAAAGCAGAAACAGAACAUCAAGACAACACCAGCAACUCUAGGAAAGCAGAAACAGAACAUUAAGACAACACCAGCAACUCUAGGAAAGCAGAAACAGAACAUCAAGACAACACCAGCAACUCUAGGAAAGCAGAAACAGAACAUUAAGACAACACCAGCAACUCUAGGAAAGCAGAAACAGAACAUCAAGACAACACCAGCAACUCUAGGAAAGCAGAAACAGAACAUCAAGACAACACCAGCAACUCUAGGAAAGCAGAAACAGAACAUCAAGACAACACCAGCAACUCUAGGAAAGCAGAAACAGAACAUCAAGACAACACCAGCAACUCUAGGAAAGCAGAAACAGAACAUUAAGACAACACCAGCAACUCUAGGAAAGCAGAAACAGAACAUUAAGACAACACCAGCAACUCUAGGAAAGCAGAAACAGAACAUCAAGACAACAAACCCGCAUCUAUGUUAUGAAAAGAAAAACAGCGAUGAAAGACUAAACCAAUCAGUCAACAGAGAACACACUGAUAGACAGAACAAUAAUCAGACGGAGAGAGAACUCCUGCUAUCUCCCCUGGUCGCCAAGGGAGAUCUCUAG